ACCAGGACAAAAUUUGACGUGUCGCUCUCUAAGAAGUUUGCCACGUGUCUCCGUUCCCCGGGUUCUUAUCAGCCCUCUGAAGGAAAAAAUCUUUAGCAGAUGUUUUAACACCAUACUUCUCAAAUACCAUGAUUUUCCCACUGCUACCUACCUCUGUGUGAUUCAUGUGUUUCUCCCCCUUUUCAAAUUUGAAAAAAAAAAAAAAUACAUUCUCCAAUUCUGUGAUUCUCCCGGUUUCUACUUUUUUCCAACUAUAAAUUUAGUACAAGGCCAUUGUAUCUACCACACCCACCCACCAACGUUGAUUUGCUUACCAUUCCCUGUACGUUUUACUUCCUUUCUGAGUGAUUUGUGAUGGAGUCUGUUUACCAUAAUGUUGCUGAGCUUCGUUCUGGGAAGCAACAUUGGAGGAUUAUGGUGAAGGUGAUCCGGAUUUGGUACAGCCAAGGGUUUGCCACAUCGAAGUUGCCCCUUUCUCUUGAGCUUGUCCUGAUGGAUGAUAAGGGUACCAAGAUCCAUGCCAGUAUUAAAAAGACUCUGAUGUACAAGUUUGAGAAGUUACUGGUUGAGGGGAAGGUUUACAGUGUGUCCUCAUUUGUGUUAGUGGAUAGUAGUGGGGAGUAUAAAACUACACGUCAUAAUUACAAGAUAUGUUUCAUGUAUAACACUGAAGUGCGCCCAAUGGACCAGUUUCCUAUUGAUGCGUUCCCCUACAGCUUUGUUCCUCUAGCUGACCUUUUAGCUCCUACCUAUGAUUCCUCUUUCCUAAUUGAUGUGAUUGGCAUUCUAACCGGCGUUGGAGUUGAGAGGGAGAUUGUUACUAAUGGGAAGAAAUCAAAGAUGAAUGUGAUUGAGAUUGAUUCUGCAGGGGUCAGGGUUGAGUGCGCCCUAUUCGGAGCUUAUGUUGAUGAGCUUGCUAAUUUUCUUGGCGGUGGUGAACUCAACAACCCUGUCGUGAUCAUACAGUUUGCUAAAGUCAAAUCCUUUCAGGGGCACAACAGCCUUCAAAAUGUUCAUGGGACUACUAAAAUUCUGUUUGACCCAGAUCUACCAAUGGCUGAUGUUUUGAAAACCAGUUUUUUGGAAGCCAAUGAAAGUGCAUCGCACUCUGUUAGCCAAUUGUCUGAUUCCAAAACCGUUUCUGGCGAGGAUGAUUUCCUGGUUCUGACAAUUAGCAAGUCUAUUGCUGAUUUGAGGGAAAUCAAGAAGGAUUGUGUCUGUGUUGUGUAUGGUACCAUUCUUCCUCUUGAAGAAGGUGUUGAUUGGUGGUACACUGCCUGUAGAUGUAGCCGCAAGGUGUAUGCUGAUGAAAGGAUGUUUUUCUGUGAGGGAUGUAACCGUCACGUGCUGGCCGUCUAUCCUAGGUAUCGUCUUCAAGUCAGGGUGGAAGAUAAUUCUGGCAGUGCAAACUUUAUCCUCUUUGAUAAAGAAGCCACUGCACUGGUUGGGAAAACUUGCUCUGAAAUGGUUGAUGCUUGUGACAAGAAUGAUAAUGGGAUGGGGAUUCCUGUUGAAUUAACUAGCUUUGUUGGGAGAUCUGCUCUUUUCAAGAUUGAGGUUAAAAAUUUCCAAGGUCAGAGGUUUGACAGGUCCAGAUUUGAGACUUCAUAUCGUGUAAAGCGUGUCUGCACUGAUCAAUCGAUUAUUGAGCAGUUCAAAACAUUGCAGUUAGAUAACAGUGUUGGUGCCUCUUCAAGUCGUUUGCUGCUCACCCCUCAGUCUACUCUGAAUCCAGAAGCUGUGAAGCAUGAGGAAUUAGCGAAGGAUUUGUUGGAAGACUUUGCUGUUGUGUCCAAUGAGAAAGCCACCCAAACUGAAGAAUCUUUGGAAGGUCCUGCGAAUCAACCUGCUAUGUCAUUGGAAUCUCCAGCGAUUGAUCUAGCUGGAAAUACUCAAGACAUCAUCAGUCCUAAGAGGAGUCCUUCACCUGAGAACGAUGGUGUGUUGGUUUUGACGGGCAGGAAGAAGAAGGUGUUUCCAAAGAUGAGGAAGUAGAAGAAUUGAGACCUAUCAUAUUGACGAUGCAGUUGUUUUAAAUGUAUUUGGUGUAAUUUUAAGUUGUUAAGAAGCAACAUGUGGUUGCAGUGUCUUUUUUCACCUUAUUAUCUAUGUUAUGUUUUUAAAUUCCAGUCUGCUAUUUCAAUUGCUGUUGUUUGUUCCAAGAAAUACC